AUGAAAUGGACCCCUAAAAAUAAAAGGAACACUCCCUGGAGACUCUUAAAGACAAAAGGAACACCUCCUGGAACGCCCCUGGUGACUCUUGGAGGCGAAAAGAACGCCCCUGGUGACUCUUGGAGACGAAAAGAACAUCCCCUAGAUGAAAGAUAA